ACAUAAGGUUUCAUUUAGGCUGUGUGACUUUGUGUUGUUCAGUGCAAGCUUGUGGCAAUCGUGGUUCGAAGGAUAAGGUUUUUAUUCGGUCCGUCUCUGUCUCUUUCCCUUCUCCAUAUCCAUUUCCUUUCUCAAUCUGAAACCUCUUCAAUUUCUUCUCUUCCUUUCUGAAUUCCCCGUUGCAGCCAUGAGUUUAAACCUAGUUGCUGCAUUCAAAGGCCUCUCUCUCGUCUCUUCUUCCUCUUUCUUCAAAGGCGAUUUCGGCUCUAUUCAAACCCCUCCCAAGCUCUCCUUCUCCUUCCCAAACACAUUCCCUUUAACCAUUGAAAACGCCCACAAGAAAGGAGCUGGAAGCACCAAGAACGGCCGAGAUUCUAAAGGCCAGAGGCUCGGCGUUAAAAUCUUCGGCGAUCAAGUUGCCAAACCUGGUUCCAUUAUCGUUCGUCAGCGUGGAACUAAGUUCCAUGCUGGAAAAAAUGUGGGGCUUGGCAAGGACCAUACAAUUUUCUCAUUGAUUGAUGGGCUUGUAAAGUUCGAGAAGUAUGGACCGGACAAGAAGAAGGUGAGUGUUUAUCCAAGAGAAGUGCAGCCUGAGAAUCCAAACAGCUAUAGAGCAAGGAAGAGGGAAUAUUUCAGGCUGCAAAGAGAGCGCAAGAAAGCAAGAAAGGAAGGCAUUAUUGCUCAACCCCUAUUAGUAUUAGCUUCCACUGAUGCCACUGAGACCAAUCCAGUUUGCUGAUUUCUGAAGGCAUCACUUUGAUCACUGCUUGUUUAAAAGCUCUGAUGAUCUUGAAGGUAGAAGGUCUGCUUCAUUGGCUUCUCUUUUCUUUGUUGUGCACAUAUAAUUUGCCAGAUUCUUCACAGGAAUGUGUUUCAUUAUUAUUCUCAAUUGGCAGUGUUCUUCUUUUUGUCCCUAAAUUUUCUCUUUAGUCCAUCUCACUACUGACUACUUUUUGUUGAUUUUUCUGUCAAAAUGGUAUUCAACAGAACAGAUAAUACAGGAUGAGUUUUGAUUAA